UCCUGAAUCUUUUUUUAUAGAAUCAUAAUGUACAGUAUGUACCUACUGAGUGCUGGCAAUAAUGGAUCAUCCUGUUCAUGUAAAUGAAAUGAAAGCUAAGGAUUGCAAAUACUGAGUUUUAAGGAACAAGGCCUCGGUGAGUAGGCUUACAAUCAAAUAGACAUCCAGUCCAUGAACACACAUACUGUGCUGUUAAAAGAAGCGAGCUGUAGCCAGCAGCUUAGUGUUAUUGUGAUGCAUGAGUCACUCUGCUCUGCUCCUAUUGGAUAGCAGCAGAACACCCUGGGGAUUGCGAGUCGAUUACAUCCAUUCUCGGCUUCAUUCACAGAAUUUAUAGCAUGCAGACAUAGGGAGCGAUUCAUUCAGAAGAGUUCAUUCAUGGAAAAUUUGCAACGCCCCCAAAAUCCUCAAGUACAGAAUGCCCCCACUGUGCCCUGGCUCAUUCAGGAGAUGAAGGAUGGCAGCCAGAGAGAGGAUUCUGCUGUGGAUAUUUGGAUCCCUGUGCUAUUUUUGAGGGAUUACUCUGAUAAUUCUGCUGCUUUACAUCUUUACUCAUCACUCAAGCCUGGAUUUUAAAGGGGUUUUCUCCCAUUCCUAAAGUGGAUUUUCUGCCAGAAACAUUGGAAGCUUUAGGGGAUAAAUGAAAACUUGAAAGAUAUCUAAUAGCGACAGAAGACAAAUCUUUUUAGACUACUACUGAUAUGUAAGAAAAUAAAUGUUUGUUAAUGACUUGGUGCCAAUAUUGUUGGAUUUUUGAUGCCACAAAGUAUUUUUGAUACACGUAUGAGAUUAUUUUAGAACAAUAAUUAUAUGCUUGCUAUCAUGGAGGCCUUUCCUGGCACUGAUAUUAACCUUGUAUAUAACUAUUUCAUUUGAAACUAGCCGGAACCAUAAUAAAUGAGAACUGAACAAGGCCCUGGCUUUAUAUAGGCUAUGAGAGAACACACAAGGGACACAGUUUGCAUAGAAAGCUUCUACGACCCCCAGUAAUGCUUCAGCGAACGAAAUACAGUCGCUUUAGGGAUGAGUCCUUAAGCACUACAGAAGACAGUGCCCAGAGUGGGCAUUUCAAUGGCAAAACCUGUACCAACUCCCAUGCAAUGGCUACUCCCUCCUUAUCCAUUGAAAAUAUCACCCUUGUGACACAGAACACUUCAAACACUUUAUGUUCUUUGAUACCAAAAAUGGCUAAUUUCAAGCUAUCAGGUGCAGGAAGCCUGCUUGGCUUAAAGCAUUUCUCUCUGGGGACUAAAGAGGUGCCAAGAGUGAAACUGACAGAAAGCCAAGUUGCUCCGAGCAGCCCACCUUCUACAGAAAUUACUUUCAACAGCUACUUAUGUACAUCUCAUGUAAAACAGGAUGUGGAUGUGACUGCAAAGCCCCAAGAUGAGAACAUGCAUUCAGACAACGAGAAGUCAAUGCUCAGUUCCACUCCGCACAUAAGUCCCAGCAGAGUCAGAAUGGGCCCUUCUUAUUGUGUCCGAUAUAUGGGCUGUAUUGAAGUGCUGCAGUCAAUGAGAUCCCUAGACUUCGGAACAAGAACACAAGUUACAAGGGAAGCAAUAAGUCGCCUUUGUGAAGCAGUGCCAGGUGCAAAAGGGGCCACAAAGAAAAGAAAGCCUCCAAUGAAAUUCUUAUCUUCCAUUUUGGGGAAGAGCAAUCUACAGUUUUCUGGUAUGAAUGUUCAGCUGUCUAUAUCAACAAACAGCCUCACUUUGACAAACAGUGAUACCCAACAGGUAGUUGCCAAUCAUCAUAUGCAGUCAAUAUCAUUUGCAUCUGGUGGAGAUCCAGAUACAACCGACUAUGUUGCAUAUGUAGCCAAGGAUCCUGUUAACCAAAGAGCAUGUCACAUAAUGGAAUGCACAAACAACUUGGCUCAAGAGGUUAUAAAUGCUAUUGGGCAAGCAUUUGAACUACGUUUUAAGCAGUUUUUGAAAAGUCCGUCUUUGAUAGACACCAAUGACAGUGCAGAACUAGACAUUAAUAUUUCAACUCAGAAAAAUGAAGACAAGGACACCCAGAAGUACUACAAUGAGAUACCUGGAAAAGGGCCGUUAGCUGAUGAUGUGCUGGGCAAGAGGAUGAAAACAGAGACUAUGGAAUUAAUAUCUACCUAUGAUAAACAUCAUAUGAUUACUGGUUAUGCAAAAUGUUCCAACAUUUAUGAAAACUGUUUAGAGGAUCACAAAAAAAUUGAUCACUCACCUUCCAAAAUACUGAAACCACAAGUUAGCAAUGCCGCAAUGUUUGAUGACCCUUGUUAUAUAAAUACAGAGCCAAAACAAGACAGCCCUAACAAAUGUCAGAUAUCUGGAAAAAGCCAAGAAAAAUUUCAAGAGCUCGUACAGAAAGAGAUGAAAUUGCCUGUGUGCAGCUCACUGCAGUGUGAGGAGUGGUACCAUGGUAAAAUGAACAGAAAGAUUGCAGAAGGUCUCCUUGUUAAUGAUGGAGAUUUCUUAAUACGGGAGAGCACAACAUCUGCUUGUCAAUAUGUAUUAAGUGGACUUCAAGGAGGGUAUCCAAAACAUCUGUUGCUGGUGGACCCAGAUGGCAAGGUAAGGACUAAAGACCAUAUUUUUGAAAGUGUGAUCCAUCUGAUCAGUUAUCACGUGGAAAAUGAAUUGCCAAUCAUAUCUUCUGGAAGUGAACUGUAUCUCAGGAAGCCAGUAAAAAAACAGCACUUUCCUGGAAUCAAGGAUUAGACUGCAUCCUAUUUGUGAAUAUAUGCUGAACAACUGCACCUAUCCCUGACGUGACAUUAUCAAACAUAAUGGCACGACUACAACACGGAGCUGCAAAAAGGAAAAAGAGACAUUUUUGAUUGUGAAUUCAGAACAAAUAUAAGCCACAUAAUCUUUGCAUUUAGGAGAUCUCAAUAUUUUUCUUUGCCAGCGACACUAUUAACUUUCAUACUAGGAAAUAAUACAAACACAUUAUACUUGAAAGCACAACCAACCACUUGUUACAUAAAUCACCUUGAAUGAAAGCUAUGUGCCUUUAAUCACCUCUUAAUUAAAUUAUUGGGUUUAAGCUUGGUGUGUAACAGUACUAUACAUCACUGCUUCCUCAUGGAAACUUUAAUAGCCUUGCGUGUUAAAGUAUAUGAGGGUAUAACUACUCUGAAAUGCAUUUAAAAGAUUGUGCUUCAUUUCUGAUAGUUUCUCGGUUUACACAGAGGAAUAUUCCGAAUUUGGGUAAAGUAGUUACAAAAAAAGUUCUUCCUAAUCUACAGAACCAAAUCAUGUAAGUGCAAUAAAAAUAGCAACGUAGACUUCAUAAUUGUGUGUAUAGCAAAUAGCUAAAAUGUAGUAGCUGAAAUGUUUAAUGUUUUCAUUAUCCUUGGAUACCCGAAUACCUUUUGAGCCAAUACUAAUCCAAAAGGGCUGUGAAAAUAAUGCGGUCGAUUUGCUGGAAAGGAGUAGUGUGUGUGUGUGUGUGUGGGCACACCAAGAAAAU